UCGGCCUCUGGCGGCAGUAACCAUCUGGCUGGGUGGGCAGGACCUCGGGUCCCCGGGUGCGGAGGCUGGGCCAGCUCUUUUCUGCAUCAGCCUCCCUCGCCCCACAGCCUUUGAGGGGGGCUCCUCUGGCUCCUGCUUCACGGCUCAGGUAGGACACCACUCUUGGGGGCUCCUGGACGAUUAGGGAACUUCGAGGACGAAAGCUCCCUGAGGUGCUGAGCACGGAGCCCCCAUGGCCUCGCUGAGCAGAGCCCUGCGUGUGGCCGCCGCCUGCCCUCGCCGGGACCUGGGGCUGCGCGCGCUGACCAGCCGAGCCGGCCCCACCACCGAGAAGAGCGUGCCGUACCAGCGGACCCUGAAAGAGGCCCAGGGCCCCUCGGCGGUGGCCCGGGGCCCAAGCCGGCCCCUGCCCAGCACAGCCAACGUGGUGGUCAUCGGCGGGGGCAGCUUGGGCUGCCAGACCCUGUACCACCUGGCCAAGCUGGGCGUGAGUGGGACGGUGCUGCUGGAGCGGGAGCGGCUGACCUCCGGGACCACCUGGCACACGGCGGGCCUGCUCUGGCAGCUGCGGCCCAGUGACGUGGAGGUAGAGCUUCUGGCCCACACGAGGCGCGUGGUGAGCCGUGACCUGGAGGAGGAGACGGGGCUGCACACAGGCUGGAUCCAGAAUGGGGGCCUGUUCAUAGCAUCCAACCAGCAGCGUCUGGACGAGUACAAGAGGCUCAUGUCGCUGGGCAAGGCGUAUGGCGUGGAGUCGCACGUGCUGAGCCCGGCAGAGACCAAGGCGCUGUAUCCGCUGAUGAACGUGGACGACCUGUACGGGACCCUAUAUGUGCCGCAGGACGGUACCAUGGACCCCGCCGGCACCUGCACCGCCCUCAGCAGGGCCGCUGCUGCGCGGGGAGCACAGGUCAUCGAGAACUGCCCAGUGAGCGGCAUCCGCGUGCGGACCGAUGACUUUGGGGUGCGGCGGGUCGCCGCCGUGGAGACAGAGCACGGCACCAUCCAGACGCCCUGUGUGGUCAACUGUGCAGGCGUGUGGGCCGGCGCUGUGGGUCGGAUGGCUGGAGUCAAGGUCCCGCUGGUGGCCAUGCACCACGCCUACGUGGUCACUGAACGCAUUGAGGGCAUCCAGAACAUGCCCAAUGUCCGCGACCAUGAUGCUUCGGUCUACCUCCGCCUCCAAGGGGAUGCCUUGUCUGUGGGUGGCUAUGAGACCAACCCCAUCUUCUGGGAGGAGGUGUCAGACAAGUUUGCCUUUGGCCUCUUUGACCUGGACUGGGACGUGUUCAGCCCGCACAUCGAAGGGGCCGUCAACCGCGUCCCCGUGCUGGAGAAGACAGGGGUCAAGUCCACGGUCUGCGGCCCUGAGUCCUUCACGCCUGACCACAAGCCCCUGAUGGGGGAGGCGCCUGAACUCCGAGGAUUCUACCUGGGCUGUGGUUUCAACAGUGCAGGAAUGAUGCUGGGCGGCGGCUGUGGGCAGGAGCUGGCCCACUGGAUUGUCCAUGGGCGCCCGGAGAAGGACAUGUACGGCUAUGACAUCAGGCGCUUCCAUCCCUUGCUCACGGACCACCGCCGCUGGAUUCGUGAGCGCAGCCACGAGUCCUAUGCCAAGAACUACUCGGUCGUCUUCCCCCACGACGAGCCCCUGGCAGGGCGCAACAUGAGGACCGACCCCCUGCACGAGGAGCUACUUUCACAAGGCUGUGUGUUCCAGGAGCGACAGGGCUGGGAGCGGCCCGGAUGGUUUACUCCCCAAGGCACAGCUCCGGUUCUGCAGUACGACUAUUAUGGGGCCUAUGGACACCAGGCGCACGGAGACCAUGCCUACGGCCGCCUGCUUGGGGACGAGUACACGUUCGACUUCCCGCCGCACCACAAUGUGAUCAAGAAAGAGUGUCUAGCCUGCAGAGGGGCCGCUGCUGUGUUCAACAUGUCCUACUUCGGGAAGUUCUACCUGGUGGGCUUGGAUGCGAGGAAGGCUGCCGACUGGCUCUUCUCUGCUGAUGUCAGCCGACCCCCUGGCUCGACCGUGUACACCUGCAUGCUGAACCACAGGGGCGGCACCGAGAGUGACCUGACCGUCAGCCGCCUGGCCCCCAGCCCCCAGGCCUCCGCCCUGGCCCCUGCCUUUGAAGCCCCACUGACUGCUGCACUGAGCCAGAUCUGCUUCCCAACACUUCAACUCCCCGCCCCUACCCCCUGGUUCCUGCGGGAGCCAUCUCAUCUUUAGUCCUGUUGACAGUCUCCGCUAUAGGGAAGAAGAGAGGUGGCUGAGAGUCGCAGAGAGCGGGAAGCACCCUCCUUCUCCAGGAAGGGGCCCCAUUGCCACCUCUGAGAGGCUGGAUUUGCAGAGGAGAAAGGUGUCGACUGUGCGUGGGCUGACUGCACCAUCCAGGGCAAGGGUCAGUAGGCUGGACGUGCUUGGCCCAUUCUGAGAAGCUGGUGGCAGCCCCCUGGCUCCGGGCCUGGCUCUGUGCUGCCGACAAAUGCAGCUCACGCUGCGGGGGACUCGGUCAGGGUCCCCGGCGCGGGCGAGGGCGCUCUGGCCUGGGCACUGGGAGAGGGGGGCGGAGCGAGAAGGAGGCGCGCUGAGCCAGGAUGAGGAAGGCUUCCUGGAGGAGGUGACGUCUGGCCUGAAAGGGGGCUGGGAAGAGCUGGUGGAGAGGUCAGCAGGGCUGGAGAAAGGCUGGUGGGAGCUUUGUGCGGCCCUCACCCCCGAGCAGAGGGGAGGCCCUGACACAGACAUAGCUUCCAUCCUUGCAGAGCGAGUGGAGCUGGGGCUGCAGGGCAGAGGGACCCCAGUGAGGGUGCAGAGGGUCCACGGAAAUCCUGGGCCAGGCCCUGCCACUGACUGACUCUGUGGCCCAUGGCUCCGAGCCUCAGUUUCCCCAUCUGGAGCAUGGGGACCUCGCUGGUGCCCUCCACGGGGAGCUGUAGUGAAAACCCUUUGUAAACUGAGCCACUGCCCCUAGGGUGUGCCCAUGAUACGCCUUUCAAGAUGAUUCCGGUGGAUUCCUGGCCCUGGUCCUUGCCCGGGCUGGGGGAGAGCAGGCUCUGGGCAGAGGGAAGGGAAGGGUGCUGAUGCUUAGGGAGGUGUUUUUCCUAGAGUCUGGUGCCUCCAAGUUCGCCUGGGAGUGAGGGAGGGAGGGGUUGGCGCUCGGCCUGCCAGUGGAAGUGUGCGUGGCGAGGGAGGCACGAGGACGCCUGCGUCACAUCCUGGGAGGCUCUGGAGCGUGCUGACGGGCCCGGGGACAUGGCCAAACAUGAGAAAGCGGCGGCGUGCGGACUUUGUUUUAUUUUCAGCCUGAAAAACUGUACCAUUCCUGCCAUGAAUAUGCAUGUCUGUUCAAUAUGCACGUUUCAGACGGGGGUUAAUUACACCUGUUACAUCAGAUCGCCAGUAAGUCAAGAGGAUGAGGUGAUUUGCAUUCGAUCAAGGUUGUGUACAAAGCAGCUGUCAAUCCUAAACGUGAUCUUGCUUGAUCUUUUAUAUCACAAAAGGAAAACGUGCUCGUAGGAGGCAUUUCGACAAUACUGAGAAAUAGAAAAUACAAUCUGCAGCCCCCAGCUCCCCAGCUGGAGGCCGAGCCCUGGACUCUGUGCCCGCUGACCGCCCUCUCUGCCACGUCCGCUUGAGGGCUGGGCCUGGAGCUGGGCUGACUGUGGCCUCAGGACCAAGCAUUUUGGGUCUUCGAUGAUGGACAGCUGCCCAGAAAAUGCCAGGUCCACCCGCCGCCACCUCUUGGGCACCGGUGGCCCCAGGAACUCGUGUCCUUCAGGGAGGGGCCUCAGGGGGCUUCAGAGAGUCACAGCAUGUGUUGGAGGCUGGGUCAGAGGACACUGUCGCAAUUCCAAUGUCCUUUAAGAGUCCUCAGCCCAGGGAUGGGGUGGGGGGGCCUUUGGGGGCUGACUUGUCUUUUUGGCUUCUGUCUCCCUUUGUGCUCAUCAGUGUUAAGAGAAAAGAGAAAGAGAGGAAACGU